UCUGAGCAGCCGAAAUGUUUCGCCGGCGUUGGAUCCUCCCCCGGAAGCCCCCGGCCGAGCAGCACGGGGGGUUCGACCGGGGAUUCCCUCUCCAACCUGGAGAAUGCCGACCCCGAGCUAUGCAUCCGUCUGCUGCGUACGCCGACCGUACAGAACUACUCCGGGUUGAAGAAGAAGCUGGAGCACUGCGACGCGGAGUGGAUGCAGGACUUCCUGCAGCUGGAUGGGCUGGGCGUUUUGUUUGAAUGUCUGGAUCGUCUGUCCGACCGUGGCUUCUCCAGCUUUACCAACGCUUACAUCCAACUGGAGUGUGUCGGGUGUGUUCGCGCGGUGAUGAACUCCCGCACAGGCCUGGAAUACAUCAUCGAAAACAGGGAAUUCACCAGAACACUGGCCAAAGCCUUGGACACAGAGAACACGAUGGUGAAGAAACAAGUCUUUGAGCUGCUCUCUGCCAUCUGUGUCUACUCACUGGAGGGAUACGAGCUCGCAAUUGAUGCCCUGGAAAAUUAUAAGCUUGCCAAGAACCAGCGGUACCGCUUCAGCCUCAUCAUCAACGAGCUACGCUUUGCAGACGUGACAACUUACAAGUCUACCCUCAUGGCCUUCAUCAACUGUAUCAUCGUGGCCACUGAAGAUCUGGAGGACAGGAUCCGCAUCCGCAAUGAGUUUAUUGGGCUUCAGCUCCUUGACAUCAUGACAGAUCUCAGGCGUGGAGACGACCCAGACCUGCUGAUCCAAUGUGAAGUCUUUGAUGAGCAAAAACUCAGUGAUGAGGAAGAACUGUCCAAUCCAGAGGAGAUAGACCUGGGAUCUCACAUUGAUGUCUUCUAUGCAAUCUUUAAGAAGGUUUCCUACAGUCCUCAGGCUUCCUCAUUCCUCAACAUUCUGGUCAACCUUCUACAACUGGACCCUACAGACUCCUUCAGUGAUGUCGUUUGGGACACACUAGACAGGCUCGUACAAAAGGCCACAUUAUUAGAAAGACGGUACCAGGCUGACAUGCUACUCGCCCAGGGCGUACGGGAAAUUCGAUGGCAAAUUGAAAACACGUUGGCCCUGGGAACGGACGAUGGUGGGAACAGGACACUUGAAAGGCCCAGAAAGAAUCUUCACUCUGAGGCACAGACUGACUUGCUAAUGAAGGACAUAGAGGCUCUCAUGAAUGAGAGAAAGAGAAUGGGUAAAAAGACAAUAGAUCUGGAGAAAGUCAGAACCAUGAUGUGUCAAUCAUGUGGAAAAACUGGGGGAGAACUGGGAAGAAGUGUUACGAGGGAAACUGGGCCUGUAACACACAGGCCAACUGAAGAAGAGCUGUACAGGUACAAUUAUAAUGAACUGUUACGGAUAGAGGAGGAACUAGUCGGUCAACAAGUUCAUAGGAAAGCUGCAAUUCCAACAGGAGCCAUACCAACUCCCUUCACAAUGGGAGAGGAAAGUGCGGAACAUGCUGGAACAAGAAUUGGCCCACGACCACCCUUCCCUCGCUCUAUCGUAACAGACGUGUUUCCCUCGUCAACAACAACAGUCCUGUCCAUCCAGCAGGCUGAUGCAUCAGUCCCCGCUCCCCCUGAACCCUCCCAGGCAGUCAACCGCAUGUUAGCAAGCUUCAACGCCCUCAUGCAGCAAUACACAGACAGCGGAGAAGAGGCCAUCCCUAUGUCUUCCAUGAACGUACCCGACAGACAUGGUACCUUCCCUCCGGAGCAGUACCCUCCAGUGCGUUAUCCAUAUCCCGCACAACCCAAUGUUGCAAACGCACCUCUGCCCACUGCACCUCUGCCUCAAAUGGGGGCUAACGUUAAGCCAUAUCACACAGCAGUCCAAUACGCAUCCUCUGGUACCAGUAUGCCUAUCCAGGCAGCCAUGCCAAGCCAGGGCGUACCUAUAUCAGACAAGGUGGUAGACGUAAACGCCAGAGCUGCGAGCAGUGGGGGAAGUGCUGUAGUCUCUGCAACACACACAACCUCAAUGACGCAAGUCGUACCUAACCAGGCUGCUGCUGAAGCCAUCCAGAGGCAAGCGGGCGGGGGGAUUAUUCCUGCAGUUCCCGCACCCUACCCUGUAACUGGCUAUCCUGAAGCCAUCCAGGAAAGCAGACACCAGGCUUCAUAUGCAGAAACAGGGUACACAGGCGUGCCUGCUGCAACCGGCUCUGCCCUUGUUCCGGCAUCAUUCCCAAGCACAGUGGCUCCGUACCCGAGUACUGUUGUAGCACCCUACCCGACCACAGCAGCACCCAUGCUGUACACCACCACUGGUCAGGUCAUCCCGUCAACAGGCAUAGCUGGCACGACCAUUGUUACCGUUGCAUCUUCUACCUUAGCAGCUACAGUUGCCACAAACGCGUACCCAAUCAGCACUGCACACGCCCUUAUAGAGGGCACCUACAGCUACUCCCAGCCCCAGUCUUCCCAACCUGGCACCAUUGUUGUCUUCACAGCCGAGGGGCAGGCAGUGGUUGCUGCAGAGACUGUCUCCCCCAUACCUACAUCCAUGUCCCCCUCCCCGUCCCCACCC